UUUUGAUUACUUUCAGAGUUACUGUUACGUCACAAUUAAACUCCGUCAUCAGACUGCAAACAACAUGACGUCAUAAACGUCGCUUAGUUGCCAGCUGUUUGACAACAUGGUAAACGUAGAAUUUCCGAGGUAAGGACGAUGUCUACAAGAACAGGUAGGACUCCUACGAAGGUCCGUGCUAACCGUGAAGCUGUAGCCCAGUAUUUUAACUCGAUGAGAGACGAACCCGUGAAGGAGGGUUCAGCCUUAAAACAGACUCCGAGCGGAGCCCAUUUUAAACUCUCGAGUAAACGAUUACUGUACGAAAGCGCUAAUUAUGCCGUGUUCGACAUCCGAGAUGGCACAACUUCUAGCAGUGAUGAAGCAAGCUUUCAUAGUUUACGGGAGCAAGAAUCUAUCCAGGCCCCUUCCAGGUUUUACUAUGGAGCGGAACAGUCGAUGAAUACCGAAGACACGAGUCGUCACUCUGGAGAGACAGGUCAAUCCAUGGGUACCGUCCCAAACUGGAAACUACAGAAUUACCAGCAGUCGAGCGGAAGAGACUCAACACUCGCAGCGGAGUAUGAUGUUCACCCUAGAUUACCAGCUACACGGCACGAUAGCAUGGACACGACAGAGCACGGAUCAGUUUAUUAUAUGACAAAUGAACGAAUGAACAGUAUUAGUGGUAACGUAGGCAUGCAGCAUCUCUCUAAUGCCUCGGAAUUGCAGAAUGAAGUAAACAGCUGUCGGUACACGACAAAAUCAGGUGUACGACACGGAGAUGCCAUCCAAAACAUGCACUUUGACAGCCAGUGCAUAAGGCAGCAAAGAGGAGAAGAGUCUAUGUCAAGUGAGAAAAGCUCCGAGGACGCACUGCUUACAAAAGGAAUAGAGCAAAUUGUAACUGAAGCCUCCUCGUCGACCAAAGAGAUAAACCAGUUUCUGUACGACCUGUGGAGAUCGCAACAAAUGUGUGAUAUCAUAAUCAAGGUCAACGGGAAGGAGUUCCACGCCCAUAAACUAGCCCUGGCUGCGCACAGUGAGAAAUUUACCAGCCGAUAUUGUGAAGAGGCACCCUUGACCAUUUCAGAGGUGAUAGUACCUAAUGCCUCCCCUGAUGCCGUUGAGAUUUUGAUUAACUAUAUCUACACAAACGAACUCACCCUUACAGCAGAAAAUAUCGAGUCGGUCAUCAUUUGCGCUAGGCAGUUAGGGAUCAAAAGAGUUCUUGAGUUCUGUCAAGAUUUCCUAAACUCUUUUAACAAAGACAGCGUUUUGUAUUUGUUACCAAUUGCACAGAGACAAGGGUUUGCGGAAAUUGCAGAGCGGAUGUCCGGAUUCAUGAACAAAAGCAGUUUAACCCUGAUGCAGUCGACUGGAUUUUUGGAGUGUGGGAUGCACCAGGUAGAAUGGCUCAUUUCUCGAGACGAGCUGGAGAUGAACAGUGAGCUAGAGGUAUUUUAUGCCGUACUUAGAUGGAUCGACCACAACCGAAAUGAUAGAAUCAAGUAUGCCCCGAUUCUCAUUGGAUGUGUUCGAUUAAUUUACAUCAGUCCGGAAGAUUUGAUCAAAUACGUUGAACCUGAGAGGCAUAUCUUCAGCAUACAAAAGUGCUUCGAGAUGUUGUACUUUGCAUUCAGAUACCAUGCAAUAAAGUUAAGUGGAAGUACCCUGUUUACCAUCAUAAGUGUCCCCCCUCCCAGACGGUACACCGUUACUGUGUGCGAGCAGUUCAGGACGAUGGAUCGUAAGAGUUCAGAAGCAGCACACAAACCCGCAAACAGAACGAAUAACACACUGCUGACGGGUUCUCAGCUUAUGAUGGAAUCAACAGGAGGAGAAAAUAAUAGUGAAAGUUUUACAAGAAAAUACGCAUCAACUCUCAGCACAGCAAAAUCCGAUCAAGAUAGCACCAACAGGCCUAGUCAAAGAAAGCGCGGCACAUUUGAGUCUCUUGGGUCUACACCUAGCCUUGAUAAGGGGAAAAGUUUGAAAAAUGGAAGACAAGGAAAACGUUUAGGAGACUCACCAAAACGAGGCUCUCGGAAUUGUGGGGAUGAUGGGAUACCUCCACAGAAUUCUCUAAAUGACAGUCAAACACAGCACUCCAAACACGAUCCACAAAAGAGUAAAGAUGGUGUCUGUAGGCAGUCCUCUGAACAGGAAUCAAAAACACGCAAAGCCUCGGCCAAUUCUCUUCCAACACGAGAUAUGACUGAAUCUCAUCCGUGUCAGGGGAAGGUACCGGAUGUGUCUGUUUCUGAUUCUGAAUCAAGUGGAUCCGAGAGAUCCCCACAGCCAAGAAAGAUUGUAAAUAAAUUGAUACCGGCCACACCGGAAGCAAAAGAAAUAAAAGCAAAAAUAAAGGCUCCGAAAAUAAGGACAAGGGACACAUUGAUUGUACUUGAUCGCUUCCUGGUGAUUGGUGGGAUCGAUCCAUUCGAGGUAACAGACUACAAGACAAGUCGUUUGGUGGAAGAAUACUUUCCGAGCAAGUCCGAAUGGACAACAAAAUCUAGUCUCCCUGAUUCCAGACACCACUCCUGCGCAUGUCUCCUAGACGGGUUCGUCUAUCUUAUUGGCGGGUCAACCUACAGCGAAGAACAGCCAGAUAGUUCAUCCAACCCAACAUCAACGUGCUUCCGGUACGACCCCGAUACGGACAACUGGUCCCGCAUUUCCUCACUACAGACUCCCCGGAUGUAUCAUGGCGGGAACGUUCUUGGCGAGGUGCUUUAUGCCGUUGGAGGACACGAUUACACUGGCAGGGAACUAGAUUCUGUGGAAUAUUACAAUGCGGACACAGACUCUUGGAAUUAUGCAGCCAACAUGACGGAACCCAAACUAGGCGUGGCUUGCAUAGGUUACAAGGGUUGUUUAUUGGUUAUCGGCGGAUCUGUAGAUCGUGGAGGUCAAAAGGUGCUAUUAAGUACCGUGGAAUCCUACGAUCCGGAACUUAAUUGCUGGGUGCGAAAGAGGAGUCUCCCAAAGCCUUUAUGUCACGCAUGCGUAUUGGAGGUAAACAAUGACCUAUAUCUUCUUGGCGGUAUAACACAGAAGAAGCGCCGCGGAAAAUUGUAUACGUGGAGUUCGAACACAGUGUAUCGUUACACUAGUUUGUGUGAGGUUUGGGUAGAGUUCACUGAAAUGAUUACACCCAGACACGACGCAGGCGCAGUGGCCAUAGGAUGCAACAUUUACAUACUGGGCGGGGUUAGCACCCAGAUGGGAGAGGUAGCAAGCAUGGAAAUCCUAGAUUGUGAGACGGGGACCUGGGAGGAGGAGAAUGAGGAGGAAUUUAGACCGGUGGUAGGCGUGGCCUGUGUCAAAAUGCCCUGCCUAUGAUUAUCUAUAUCCUAGAAAAACACCUAUAUGAUGAAAAUAUAAGGAUUAUAAAAUAACACAUUUAAAGCAUUUUAAAUAAUGUUCUUCAUAAAUAUUUAAUCAUAUAUUAAUGAAAGUAUAUGUAAAUUUUGUAAAACCACAUCAUGAAUAUUCAUUAAAGAUCCUAAAGGCA